AUGGCUGUCCAGUUUCGUCCUUUCAGAUGUCAUGAGCUACCGCCUGCCGUUCUUGUAUCUGCUCGAUGCUGCAUACUCGGCUGGAGGGCGGCUACGGACGCAUUUAUCAUCGCCGACGAAGAUUUACGCCACGGACUUGCAUUCCCAGCAGCACACAAAUUUCGAGACAUUCAGCGAGCUACGAACAAUGACGGUUUACAGUCUCUGCCUCCCCGCCAUUCGUUCAGUCAAUUCCAAGGUCUCACCGUCACUAGCAGCCAGUCUAGAAAACGGAAGUCGUCAAAUGCUUCCAAUCAUCCCUGGAAAAGGCCGCAGUUGAACAGUAGUGUUUUUGGGGCCGGCACUGGUCAGAAAAGCCCAGCUUAUGCAGUGCAAGAGCCUGAGGGGACAAGUUUGGUGCCUAUAGAGCCCCUGCCUUACGCCAAUCGAAUCUUUCGUGUACUGGCCAUAACGCCCACGGGAAGGUCAAUCAGCCAGUUCAAAUCCAUCCCGGAACUUCUAGAAGGCUUGCGCGAUGCAAUCAAAGUCCAUCGAUCGCUCUACCUGGACGGAAAAACUCUUCAUCGAGACAUCUCGGAGAACAACAUCAUCAUCACAGAUUCGCCUAAUGGCGACGGAUUUAAAGGAAGAGGGCAAGGGGCCGAAGCUCGACACCGUACCGGAACUAUGGAGUUCAUGGCGAUUGAAGUCCUGCUACGAAUAUCGCACACCUAUCGUCACGACCUUGAGGCCUUCUUCUAUGUUCUCAUAUGGCUGUGUGCUCGCCGAGGGUGGCAUCUUGAUGCGCCUGCGAAAUCGCGAUCCAAGGUCUCCGUCCUUUCUCAAUGGUAUACUGGGACCUACAAGGACAUCGCAAGGAACAAGCGCGGAGACAUAGAUAGAAGCGGGCUCGAGGACAUCCUCAAAGAUUUCCCCAGCGCAUUUGAGACUGUCAAGCCUCUCUGCAGAGCGAUCCGAGAUAUCCUGUUUCCAUAUAGAGAUGGUCUCUUCACAGGAACCCCGCAAGACCCUUACGUUUUGUACAAGCCGAUUAUUGGGGCCUUUGACGUGGCAGUCGCUACCCUCCAGCAAGCAAAAGCGUCAUGCCAGAAUCCGGACCGGGAUUCGAGCACUUGA